AACAGUUUUUGUUCGUGAGGAUCCUAAAUUUUUAUAUAUAUUACCUCAAUAUAGUCAAUUUAUAAGUGCAAUACAAGAAAAAAAUCCUGUAUAUAUACUAUUACAAGUUCCUGAUAUAGAUUCAAAUUUGCAAAAUAAAUCACUUGUUCCUUUAAUACCCGGUUAUAAAAAUGAAUUUGGUACUGAUAGAUUAACUUCAACAGAAAAUGUUAAAUGGUUACAUGGAUUUAUUGGAGCAAAAUAUUCUAAUAUAUUUGAUUUAGAAUAUAAAUAUUAUAAAGCCGAAAAAGAAAUGAAUACUAUAAUCAAAUCAGCAAAAAGAGAUGCAGAUCAUUUAGAAACUAAAAUAGAACAAGAAAAUCAACCAAAUCUUCAUGUUUUAAUACUGAUAUCGCAACCAAUAACAGCUUGUGGAUUUUCUGUAAAGAUUAAUAUUACCUGUAAUAAAUAUUCUACAACAAUAUUUUAUAAAAAUGAAAUAGCCAGAAUUAACUAUUCAAAGCUUGUUGCUGGAGCAGGUUUAGUUGAAGAAAGUGCUAAAAAUAGUGCGAAUUUUGCUUUACAUGCUGCAUGUGAACAAAUUCAAGCACAAAAUAAACAUAUAUUGGAAGUUAGUUUUGAUAAUUCAUGGAGUCACAUACGAGAAGCAUCACAAGCUAGUGGUGAAUUUAUCUAUAAUGGAAAUAUUAAAGGUUAUAGAAAACUUCAAAUUUAUAAAAAUAAAAAAGGAGAAACAAUUACGAUUAAUGAAGAAAAUUACAAUAGUAGUAGCAAACAAAUAGAACAUGCCAAUUUAAUUAGAUCUAUCGCAAAAAUUACACUUAUACUUAUCAAAUACAAUAUAGUUCUUGGAGUUGCUGUAGAUAGAGAUUUAAAUACUGUAUAUGCUGCUUGUAUUCAUGCUAGUGAUGAUAAUUACCCACUAAUUAUAGAUAAAAAUUUAUAUCAAAUAUAUUAUGAUAUUAUAGUAGAACAUUUAUUUGAUAAUCAUAGCCAGUGUUGGAGUAAAAUAUACUGGAAGGUAGGUAAUCCAGACUUGGUCUUAUCAGAACCUAACCUUGUUGGCAAAUCUAGUAUACAAUUAAAUGCUUUAAAAGCUUUUCUUAAAGGAAUUACUCAAUUAGCUCCUCACCAAAAUUUAAUCACAAAAAUGCGUACUAGUCAAAAUGAAUCCAUAAAUAAAAUAAAGUUAAAUUAUACAGACAAAAAACAGAAUUAUCCAAAAUCUUAUAGAACUCGCCAUGCAUUAGCAGUAAUUUAUAAUAAUAAUGGUUUUCUGAAAAUGUUGCAAAUUUUGUGA